UACGUCAGGGGAUUCCGCGCAGAAUGAUGAUGCGGCACAGUGUCGUGACAGGUAAUGUGAGUGCUGCUGCCCGGAUCCUGGGUGAUGGGGCGGCCGAGACGGUGACCUGGCUGCAAGAUGCUGAGUCGCUUGCAAGAACUUAAAAAGGAGGAAGAGACACUGCUGAAGAUUAAGGCAGCCCUGCACGACCAGCUCAACAGGUUAAAGGUUGAGGAGCUGGCUCUUCAGUCUAUGAUAACUGCUGGAGAAGUUGAGCAGGAGCAGCAGUAGCAUGGUGUGCAGCCUGAGGUGGAUUCUGUGAAUGUGGAUGAUGAAGAGGUGAUAAACCAGACCGAGCUGCAGCUUGGCAUAAUGGAUUACAACGAAGAAGAAGAAGAGGAAGAGGAAGAGGAGGAAGAAGAUUCUGACACUUAGAAUAUGACACGAGGAAGAGAAUGUAUCUGCUUAUACAUAUGUUAAGGGAUAUGUCCUUCUUUUGUCCACAGGACUGCAGUAUGGUACCUUGCAUGUAUUAUGAGCUCUUUUUGUCAGCCAGUGGUUCUUAAAGGGGAAGGCCACACUAAAUCUUUUAACCUCUAAUUAACGAGGGGUUUCACAAGUCCUAACCCUUCAAAAUCCCCAAACUGAAGAGGCUGCAGUGCUGCGUAGAACACAUCAAUUAAUUUGCUUAUCAGUCACUAGAUUUAGCAUGACUUUCCCCUUUACAAGGAUGCCGCCGUUAGAUAGAGAAGGGUACAUUACUAUUAUAUACCGAGCAAUGAGAAAGAUGCCUUCAUAGAUUUGCUGUGAUUGAGGGCUUCUUAAAGUGCACUGAAUCUUUACUUAUUGCUGUGAGUAGAUUGUCAGCACGCAACGAGCUAUGCCAAGCAUGACUCUAGCAGUCGGGCAUUUCAGGUGCUGCCAUGUUUAGGUCAAACUCUUAUUUCUAGCUUGUGUCUUUUUAUGAAUUAGUUAAAACACAAUCUUGUAGCAAAGGACCAAGUUACCUCUCGCUCUUUAAAUUCAUAGAACGUGAAUAAAUGCAGCCCAAUAGACGGGUAGUAACGCACAGACAGAAGCUGUGCAAUGUAAAUAACUUUGAGAUUCUCUUGUGUGCAUUGUCUGGUGAAUUCUCUUACAAAUAAAACAGAUUGUUCCUCAUAA